GUGGCGAUCAUUCCUUGUAGUUAAUCCAGAUCGGAAGGUAAUCCUUGAAGAAUGGACAUCGAAAGUAAACUAGCGGAUUUGAAGGCCAUGCAUAAUUUGGAAGAACCAAAAAGGUCGGGCAUGGACGAUGCGGACAUCAAAUGGAGAUAUGUAAAGCCCAAUUACAUUAAGGCCAACUACGAGUUUCUUAGGGGAAAGUCGCAAAACCACUUGAGCGGGUCAUUGGAGCAAGUGGUUGAGAACUUGGUUAAGACUUGGGAAAUGGAAGCAUCUCAUAAGGCAGAUCUCAAGCAAUGGACCACGGUAGAUUAUAAGAACUACCAAGUCUCUUGUAAUGGAUCGGAGCCCGUGGGCGGAGAGGUGGCCAAAGAAGUGGGCAAUUACAACGCCCUCCUUCAGGGCUGCCCAUCAUACGAAAAAUUUGGUCCCCUAUCCUUUGAAGCAUCUCACAAUCUGUUCCGAGAUUCUUUCACAGAGGGGUUCCCAUGGGAGGUCUUGAAGGUACUCUGUGGACCUCCGAACUUGAUCUUUACUUGGCGACAUUGGGGAACUUUCAGCGGGAGUUUCCGCGGAAAUCAAGGCCACGGCAAACUGGUUGAAAUGUUUGGCCUUUGCAGGGUGACCGUGACAGAAGACCUCAAAAUUCAACUCCUUGAAGUUUUUCUUGAUGGCGAGUCUUUUGUUGAAGAUAUGGAAGGACGAUGCCCUUUCCCGAAGAAGAACUGGCCAACCUUACUGUUGGGUGAGCCAGUCACGCAAACAGGGUAAAUGAAGAACGAUAGAUAUGCACAAUUUAUACAAUUUUGUAUUGGCGAGAGUUUAUUGCAAAAUAAUCAAGCGUACAAUAUCAUCUGAUUUGUUUCCCAACUGUUGAGAUGUUCGCAAUAAAUUACUUUGCUGAA